AUGUCGCUUCACGACAUCUGCACCUCUGAUUAUGGGGAUUUUGUCGACUCUGACACCGAUGACUAUGAUGAGGUAGAGUUUUAUGCUGAGCCCCUCCAACGAUACCGCGAAUUUUUAUACUACCCUAUCUGUAUCGGGGAGGUCCUCGUUCAGAGAUAUCGCAUCGUGCAUAAACUCGGCCAUGGUGGCUUCUCUACUGUGUGGAUGGCCCACGAUAUCCACGAGAAACGGGAUGUGGCCCUCAAGAUUUUGAUUUCGGGCCAGGAUGGGUCAUAUGAGCAACUUAUGCAAAACAAAAUCAUUCAGGCCGUGCAGGACACCUCCCAUCUUAUCACCUACCAGGCGACAUUCUACCUCCCUGGCCAUGAAGGUACUCAGCACCAGGUACUGGUAUUUCCCUUACGAGGCCCGAAUUUAGUGACGUGUCUAAGGGAAAAGUCAUUGGCUACCCGCAUGUCCGCAGCAAGGCAGUUGCUAGUGGCUUUGAAAGGCCUUCACGACGCUAGAAUUGUGCAUCGGGAUCUAAACAAAGCGGCCGUCAUGUGGGAUAUAAUAUCCCUUGACCAGUAUGACACGGCUAUCAAAUACCAGUACCUUGGUCGACCGAAAAAGGUAGACCUAUCAUGGCUACCGUGGAAGCCAGGAGAGCUUGUAAGACCAAUGAAGGUCCCUCAAAACAUGAUCGGGGAGAAAGUCUAUCUCGGUGACUUUGGCAUGGCUAUUCAAGCCGGCACUUCAGUGAACUGUAAGCCGCAAUCGCCCGCUAUCUUCUGCGCCCCCGAAAGGUACCAUAACAUCGACCCAAGUUGUGCUAGCGACAUGUGGAGUUAUAUGUGCAUUUUCGUGUCGCUUUAUUUUGGCUGUGAGGCGUUCUAUGGUAGCGGGGGUAAGCAUACGAUGUCUGUUUGGGUUAAUUCGCUAGGCCCGCUACCUGAGCAAUGGAAGGGCUAUUACAGCUAUUAUGAUAGCAAGAGCGACGAUGCGUGGUAUGACCAGAGCAGAGAGCCUCAGCCCCUGAUGACCCUUGCAUCCAACUUUGAGAGGAUGCGACCCGAAGUCAAUGAAACCGAGCGGAACCUUGCUCUAGAGGUUUUCGCGAAAGCAUUUUGCUAUGUGCCUGAGUAUCGUAUAACCGCGGCGCAGUUGUUAGAGGACGCUUCAUUUAAGGCGCUUUUGAAAAUUUAUGGGUGUUAG